CCCAGGGGACAUGAGACGGGGGGUGUUAAUGAAAAAGGAGGACUCUAAGGCGUCACUCGUGUCGCACGGCAGCAGCCCCUUUUUUAUAAUUUCAACAUUCUUUACCCAUCGCUCCGACGAUCACUCGCCUUCAAGAGAUGGAGACCUGAGCCACACCUCGCGAUCCAAUCUCAGAAGAACUCAAGUUAGAACGAUUAGGAAUAAAGUAAAUAAAGAGGCGCGGGCUCCGAUGCCUCUCCCCCUGGAGAUGAGCAGCGACUUUGCCAGGGGACCGGGGAACAGCAACAGCAGCAGCAGCAGCAGCAGUUCAGUUUGGCAGAGGUACGUCGACAUCACCUUCCUCGUGGCCAACUGCGUGAUCCUCUUGGGCACCUCCAUGGUGGGCAUCGGGGCCAACGUCUUCGUGACAUGGGCGGUCUACCACCAGAAGUCCCUGCGGACGUGGAACAACGCGCUGCUGGUCAACCUGGCCGUGAUCGACUUCCUGCGCUGCGCCGUGGACUGCCCCGUCAUCCUGGUCAUCGUGCUGACCGUCCACCUGCGGGGCCAGGCGGACGCCGUCAUCUGCGACCUGCAGAUGGCCUCCUUCUCCUUCAGCUGCUGCAUCCAGCUGGUGACCCUGGCCUGCAUCAGCGCCGAGCGAUAUCAGGCCAUCGCGCACCCCUUCAAGAUCACCGAGCGCAAGCGACGGAUUAUCUUCUUCAUCCCCCUGACGUGGACCUUUGCCAUCGUGGUGGCGGCCGUGUGCGUGACCUUUGUGAGGGACUCGCCGGUGUAUGUCAAAUGCCACGGGUCGAGGCUCAAGUCCGUGUACAAGGACACCUUCGGCCUGUACAUACUGAUCCCCCUGUGGACCGCCUGCUUCGCUCUGAUCAUCGGCUUCUACUCCAGCAUCUUCGCCAUCGUGACGGCGCACAGUCGCAAGAUCUACGACAAGGGGGUGAACCCCGCUCCGAAGCAGGAGAAGAAAGAGGAGGAGAAAAGAGCUGAGAUUGAGAAAAAAGAGGAGAAAAAAGUGGAGGAAAUGCCAGCGAGUCAGACGGACGGGAAGCAAAUGACUGUGGAGAGCGUUCCUCGGGUGGAAAAGGUCGAGCAUAGUAAAUCAAAGGUAUCUAUUAUGGAGCCUACAGGUGCUCCCCAGAAGCCCACAGAGACUGUGAGUGUGUCACCGGUUCCCAGUCAUAAUGAGAAAGUUGCUGUGCCUACAAAGGAACCGGACAAACCACCUGAUGAAAAGCCCCUAAAACAGCCCACGCCGGCCCCUAAGGACGCCAAGGGCGACAGCGGUGGCUGCAAAACCCCGACCAAAGGCCGAGUCGCGGAAGCGGGGUCCUCCGAGACGGAGAAAAAGACCCCCCUCGUUGCAAAUCCUGUCAUUCAAGUCAAGGAGCAGCGGUCCAACAGGGAGACGGAGGGCCACCCAGGAGCUGGCAAAGGGCCAGGCGAAAAGGGGCAAGACAAAAUACAAACGCAAGAGUCCAAAUCUCCAGCACGGGUGCCUGUUGCUCCCAAGGGGCCGACGCUGCCCGGUAAGGGGCCCGGGGGACCAGAGGAACCCGCGGUGCUGCCCCUGCUGAUAGACCUGGAGCAGGGGAAGGUCAACGACGAGGUGGUGGCCUCGGUCGUGGGUCUCCCGGCGGUCAAUGACCAGGUCGUGGGUCUCCCGGCGGUCAAUGACCAGGUCGUGGGUCUCCCCACGGUUAACGACGAGGUGGUGCCCAUGGUGGUGGGUCUCCCCGCAGGCGACACCGUCGACAACCAGGACCUGUGCAUGGUUUCUAUAGUCAGACGCCCCGCCCCCGCGACGACCACGGCGGCAGCGGCGGAUGAGGCGAUGACCGGCGCGGUCUGCAUGAUGCCGUCCAAGGCCACUGGCAACAAGAAGAAGGAGAGCAAGCUGGCCAAGCGCUCGGGCUACAUCAUCCUCACCUUCCUCCUGUUCUGGCUGCCCCUGAUCACCACCAUCCUGGUGAACGUGCUGGUGUUCCAGCGCAACGACGCCCAGAUGGAAAUCAUCCAAGACGUGGAAAUCCUUUUCAUCUCGAUUGCCUGCAUGACAUCGCUCACCGACCCCAUCAUUUACGCUGCCGUGAACCCCCAGUUCAGAACAGAGUUUUAUAGGAUGCGGAAUAAACUGAAAGCCCAGUGGAAGAAGAGAUGACACAGAGACUCGAGGAAUAAAACACU